AUGGAGUCGGCCGUCCCCGAAGACGCCGCGGUCUCCGCGCGCUUCUUGGAGCUCAACGCAGCGCUUAAGCAUGAGAACUACACGUGCGCUGUAGACAUUUGCAACAAGAUUCGAUCCAAGUUCCCCGAUGAUGUGGACGCAGUUCGGGUCAAGUGCGUGGCACUGAUUCGCCUGGAAAAGUUUGACAAGGCGCUGGAAUUGGCUUGCAAGUAUGACUUCUUAAGCACAGAGAAGGCGUACUGUCUGUACCGCCAGAAGCAAGACGACGAAGCCCUGAAGUUGCUGGACGCAGCAGAGCUGGAGACGCAGACGUCUGCGCAGCUGCAUUUGGCGGCACAGCUGCACUUGCGAAGCGGGAACUAUGACCAGAGCAUUUGUAUCUACGAACUGCUACUUGCACGCGCUCAGGAUAGCGACGACCUUUUGGAGCUGCAAACGAAUUUGCUAGCAGCGUACACAAAUGCAGACAGGGGUCAAGAACUGAAGGACCGCGAGAUCUUGAUUAACGACAGUUUCGAAGUGGCGUAUAACCGAUCGUUGGUGGCCAUCCAGUCGGGCGACUGGAACGUGGCCGAGAAGCUCUUGUUGUCUGCUGAAAGUUUGUGCCGCGACACCUUCGUUGCGGAAGGUGCUUCAGAAGCCGAAGUUGAAGAAGAGCUUGCUGUCAUCAAGACGCAGCUGGCUUAUGUUAAACAAAUGCGCGGCGAACUGGAUGGCGCUCUUUCGGAUUAUGGCGACGUGUUGAAGCUCAAACUACACAACCGUGCUGUAGAAAUCGUGGCUUUGAACAACAUUGUGACGAUCCGUAAGGACCGCGACCUGAUGGACUCGUUCAAGCGGUUGAAGAACGUUGAUACGACGGUAUUGCUGGACAAGCUGAACCCUGCGCAGCAGGAGGCUGUCUUUGCGAACCGCACACUCCUGCUGUGUCUUAUGAACAAGACGGAGGAAUGUCGAGAGAGCUUGGAUGCCCUGAAGAGGCAGUUUCCAGCAUCAGAGUCUGUUGCCGACAUUGCCUUGUUACUCGCCAUCAAGGACCAGUCGCCAGCAGCAGCGAUUGAGCAACUUCAGGGUGAUGUAAGUGUAGGCGGUCGUCUCGGGCUAGCACAUGUCUACAUGACCGAAGGAAAACUACUGGAGGCUGCGGAAUGCAUACGCUCUAUUGAGCAGUUGGCCCACUCGCCAGGUGCUGUGGCGACCCUCGUCGCUCUGUACGAACAAGUCGGUGACUCGGCGUCAGCACGAGGUGUGCUGGAAAGCGCACUGGCUCACUACAAGGCAUGCGAUUUCACGUCCGAGCGGGCCAUGACGAUACGUGAGGGUGAUUGCUGGUACAAGAUACAGAAGAAGCAAUAUCGCGAGGCUGCUGAUGCGUACAUCGAGCUAUUGGAAGGCGAAACCGCGGGCGCUAUGGACCGCGACCUCCGUCUUCGUUCCAUGGCCUUGCUGGUCGUCGCUCUGUCAUUUUGCGAUCCUGAAGCUGCGGAGGCUCGGUGCGCCAUGCUUCCCGCCGUCGAGGAAAGUAGCGCUGAUCCGAUUGAACUGGAGAAGCAGGCCCCACGCUCCACCCAUCUUGCCGCCAAGUUUGUCGACACCGGGGAAAAGAAGAGCGAACGGCAACGCUCAGCGAAGAGCCCGGAGAAUAUCGCUCGCAAGCGUGCCAAGCGUAGAGAGGCAUAUCUAGCCAAGCUUCGCGCUCGCCCGGACUACAACGCAUCCAUUGGACUGGUGAACCCGGACCCAGAGCGCUGGAUUCCGCGGAAGCAGCGUUCGCACGGCAAGCGUGGCCGUCGUGGCCGGAACCGUUUUGUUGGCGCUCAGGGAGCUGGCAUGGGCACGGAGAAGGACGCUCUGAAGCUGGAUGCGGCUGCUCGUGCGGCGCGCAAGACCGAGUCGGACAAGCCUGCUGCUGUCGUGGUAUCCAGUGGCUCGGGCAUUCGCAAGCUGAAGAAGAAGAAACGCAGAUAG